AUGGCGGAAUUCGUACGGUCCCAGAUCUUCGGCACCACGUUCGAGAUCACCAGCCGGUAUACGGACUUACAGCCGGUCGGUAUGGGAGCCUUCGGGCUGGUCUGCUCCGCGCGAGACCAAUUGACAGCCCAGCCGGUCGCCGUCAAGAAGAUCAUGAAGCCUUUCAGCACCCCGGUCCUCUCAAAGCGCACCUAUCGCGAACUGAAGCUGCUCAAGCACCUGCGUCAUGAGAAUAUCAUCAGCUUAAGCGAUAUCUUUAUUUCUCCCCUCGAGGAUAUCUACUUUGUGACCGAACUCUUGGGUACGGAUCUCCACCGUCUCUUGACUUCUCGCCCCCUCGAAAAACAAUUCAUUCAGUACUUCCUCUAUCAGAUCCUCCGGGGAUUGAAAUACGUUCACUCGGCCGGUGUGGUCCACCGGGACCUCAAGCCCAGCAAUAUCUUAAUUAAUGAAAACUGCGACUUGAAAAUCUGUGACUUUGGCCUGGCUCGCAUCCAGGACCCCCAGAUGACCGGUUAUGUCUCAACAAGGUAUUAUCGAGCUCCCGAAAUCAUGCUCACCUGGCAAAAGUAUGACGUGGAGGUCGAUAUCUGGAGCGCGGGCUGCAUCUUCGCAGAGAUGCUGGAGGGCAAACCGCUCUUCCCCGGAAAGGACCAUGUCAACCAAUUCUCGAUCAUCACCGAGUUGUUGGGUACUCCACCAGACGAUGUGAUCCAGACUAUCUGCAGCGAGAACACCCUGCGAUUUGUGAAAUCUCUCCCGAAGCGCGAACGCCAACCUUUGACGAAUAAGUUCCGGAAUGCUGAUGCCGAUGCCGUGGAUCUUUUGGAACGGAUGUUGGUAUUCGACCCCAAGAAGCGUAUCCGAGCCGAUGAGGCAUUGGCGCAUGAAUAUCUGGCGCCUUACCACGACCCCAGCGACGAGCCGGUCGCCCAGGAGAAAUUCGAUUGGUCCUUCAACGACGCAGAUCUGCCCGUGGAUACUUGGAAAAUUAUGAUGUACUCGGAAAUCUUGGAUUUCCACAACAUUGACCAAGGGAAUGAAGCUGGCCAGGCUCUUGUCUCGGGUGCCGUCCAAGGCGGCGUGCCUCCGACCUUUGCAUAG